GACUAUCAGUCGAGGAAAAGAUUUGAACCGCAUUGGGCUGCUGCUGUUACGCGGAUCCACCAAAGUUUUACCUAAAGAGUGUGAGGUGUGUGUUUGAGAGUAGUCUCUUGUAAGCAGCUUCGGAUUUUUUUCAGUGUUUGAGCUUUUUCCGUGGUGCGGUGUGGCGUUGUGAAAAGUUGGGCUGUCCCUUUGGUGAUUUAUUAGGAAACAUUACAACAUCGGGCUGGUUGUUGGGAGUGUGAGCCGGUCUCCAUUGGCACGUCCCAAGGAUUUGGUUGAAAUUAAAGUUAGCGAGUAAAAUUCGUCCAUCAGAAGGCUUAGAAUUCCAUCAACGCGACGUGGGCAAGUAAAAAUAAAAGUUGUACAGCAGUUUGGGCCUGCUUUCGGAGUGGUUUUUGAGUUUGAAUCCCACAAGGGAAUGUAGUGAGAGGAAAGUCCUCAGAAAGUGAUGUAACUCUUGACACGCGUGUGUAUUUUUCUUUUGCUGCCGCAAGUGGAUCGCUCCUUACUUCUUUGCCCACUGGAACUCAAGUGGCAAUCAGUGUGAGUUUUAUGUAAUUGUUACCAGCAGUUCUUUGGUGCAGUGAAACACAUUGUAGAGGAAGAAGUAUUUUGAUGACCUACUGAAAGGACCAACGAUUUCUCCUCGCUAUCUUAGAGGAACGAUUCUAGAAGAAAAGAAACCGUGUCUCAAUUCGCAUCUGUCGAGUUCAAAGAGCAAAGAAAAUCAAUUCUUCGAGUGCCUCAGCAGUGCUGAGAAAGAAAAACGUGCCUAACAAUCAGUUUUCCAGUUCUAUUUUCGUGUCAUUCCCGCAAGAGUUUGGUCCAAUCAGUGUGCGGUCCCCCCUUGGAAAGUGCUACGUUCAACAAAAAGUACUGUCAUCUUGAGCUGAUCUUUGCAAUUCAGCGUUGUUUAUUUGAAGGUGCAACAAUUAUCCCAACAAUCAUAAAACUAUCAUCACUUCCCCAGUAGAAUGGAAUCCUCUGCAUUAUGACAAUAAUAGCGGCCACUAGAAAACACACGUCAAGAGGGUAAUCCCGAGGAAAGAAACCACCAAAAAGAUUUGGUGAAUUGCAACAUGAGCGUACGUCACUCCUUCUACACCGUUGAGGUGGGUGACACCAAGUUCACGAUUCUCAAGCGAUACCAGAACCUGAAACCGAUCGGAUCCGGAGCUCAAGGCAUUGUAUGUUAAACCAUACUACUGACUUUGGUUACAUCCAUCUACAUUGUGUCGAAAAAAAAACAGUUUUUAUAACCUCAGUGGGCCGUCAUUAAAAAUAUAUAUAUUAAUCAAACAUAUCAGUAACUAAGCAACUAGACUAGAUAGAAGUUAGACGCAGUGUGCGAAAAAUUAAAAAAAAAUGAAUCGCAACCGGACUGAAGCGUUUGAAAAGUAUCAAUUUGGCGAUACUGAGUUUGAGGUCCCUUCGCGAUACAAGACCCUGGAAGCGAAGGGCUUCGGUGCCCAGGGUAUGGUCUGUGCCGCAUACGAUACCCUCACCCAGCAGAAUGUCGCCAUCAAAAAGCUAUCACGGCCGUUCCAAAACGUCACACAUGCCAAACGAGCCUACAGGGAGUUUAAGCUUAUGAAAUUAGUCAACCAUAAAAAUAUUAUCGGACUAUUAAAUGCAUUCACACCACAACGUACGCUCGAGGAGUUCCAGGAUGUCUACCUUGUUAUGGAACUCAUGGAUGCCAACCUUUGCCAGGUCAUCCAGAUGGACCUGGACCACGAACGGAUGUCCUACCUGCUGUACCAGAUGUUGUGCGGAAUCAAGCAUCUGCACUCGGCCGGCAUCAUUCACAGGGACUUGAAACCUUCCAACAUUGUAGUCAAAUCGGACUGCACGUUGAAGAUUCUGGACUUUGGACUGGCCCGCACGGCCGGGACGACCUUCAUGAUGACACCGUAUGUCGUGACGAGGUACUACCGCGCCCCGGAGGUCAUCCUUGGUAUGGGCUACAAGGAGAACGUCGAUAUCUGGUCGGUCGGAUGCAUUAUGGGAGAGAUGAUCCGCGGCGGGGUGCUGUUCCCCGGUACCGAUCACAUCGAUCAGUGGAACAAGAUCAUAGAGCAACUGGGAACGCCAUCGCCCUCGUUCAUGACCCGAUUACAGCCAACGGUGCGGAACUACGUCGAGAACCGUCCCAGGUAUACGGGCUACCCGUUCGAUCGGCUCUUCCCGGACGUGCUGUUCCCGACCGAUUCGAACGAACACAACCGUCUCAAGGCUAGUCAAGCACGGGAUCUACUGAGUAAGAUGCUGGUCGUCGAUCCCGAGCAUCGUAUCUCCGUCGAUCAGGCGCUAGUGCACAGCUACAUCAACGUGUGGUAUGACGAGAGCGAAGUCAAUGCGAGUUGUCUUCCUCCGCAGCCUGCCCCCGGCCCGUACGAUCACAGCGUAGAUGAGCGCGAGCACACUGUUGAACAGUGGAAGGACCUCAUCUACCAGGAGGUCAUGGAGUACGAGGCCCGCAACAAUUUGACCGACGGCGAGGGAACUCCGCGGUAGAAAUCAUCGGCCGAAUAAAACGAACCGAACCUGGUGUUCCUGGACUCGACGGAAGCACCCAGUUUGUGCGAAGAGCGUUUGGUGUGAGCGACGAGACGGAAAUUCACCAGAGAAUACCCCCAAGACUUGAUUGACUCCUGAGAAAAACAGAAAGAAGUUGUGUACAUAAAAAAGCACAAUGCAUUAUUACAGAUAACGUGACAUGGUAAAAUGGGAAAGAGUGUAAAGCUUAGGACACAGAUAGGCAACCAGUAGUGACACAAAGCAAAGACGUUAAACUUUACCUUUUAUUCCAAUAGUAAGACGAAAACAACAAAGUAAGCCAAUUUUCUCCGUCUCAUCAUCGAUCACCAAUGUCAUUAAAAGUGAAAGAUUGUCAUCAAAGUAGGCAAUUCCAAAUAAAAAAAAACAAGCAUCCCGAGAAGAAAGUGGUUUCGUUCUGAUCGCCCAAUUUCAACAAAAUGAAAACGGGUUGAAAAAAUCGUACUAAAAUUAAAGAAAAGUAUUUGACCGGCAAAAUUAAAUAAAACAAAAAAAAAUCGUGCGCUGUGAAGUUCAUUACUAAGAAAAAUGGAAAACACAUCAAUGAAAACAAAAUAAUAAUAAAUCAAAUGCUUAAUCAAGCAAGGUUUGUAAAUAUUUAUUAAAUUUGUGACAGACUUGUAAGCAAGCAGACAGGCAGAAAGUAAAAUCAAUGGCAUGACAUACCUAGAUUAAAUCAUAGUGGCAGUUCGCACGUGAGUGAGUAAAGUGAAUAAACAGGCAAGCAAAAAUCCACUGGUCAAAAUGUGCAAUAAUUUUAUCGCGCCAGAUUCGAAUCCAUAAGAAUACAAACAAACAAAAAAACACACGCUUCCAUUGGGGAUGUUUUCGACAAUGUUCCGGAAGUUCAUCUCAAAUCAGCAACAUCAAGACAACACCUAAACUGCUUUUAAUUGUUGAAGUGAAUCUAGAUGUAAAUCUUAACGCUAAAUAAUCAACCAUUUGAAAGGUGAAGCGAUGCGUGAAAGUAACUACAUACAAGUGCACAUGGUCCUCAUUUAGCUUUAUGUUCAAAUCAACGGAUGCACGCGACCACGAAGAUAAGGAUAAGAAGAUGUGAUAAGGUGAGUCUGUCGAUUGAACUUUUGUUUUUGUUUUGUUUUUUUUUUAUGAAAAAUGCUCAGGUUAACUCAUGGCAGACUAGAUUCAAAAUCCUAACCGUUUUGUUGCAACUUACGUCCAUUGUCAAAUCUUAGACGUCAGAUGUCAAAGUCAUUUCGACUCGUCAGAUUCGAGAGUUAAGGUAUGCUUAUUUAUCCCUAUUUACCAAACUAUACAAUUCACAAAAAUAUAGACAUGCGGCUAUACUUUGAUCCUGGUCCUUAACCUAUUCAUUAAUUUAGAUAACACUGCCCUUUAUUCAAGUUAAGGUAAACCAAGAGGAAAAGGACAUCCAGUUCAAAAGUCGAAUAGAAAAUCUAGAAAUAUUUCACUAACUCACACAUGAUUAAUUUCCAAACACUUGAGUUCGAUUGCCAUCUCUAUUGCCAUAUUCAUUCGAAAGAGGUAGAAAGGAAAUACAUUUGAUAGUACUUAAUUAUCACGGCAGAAAAGAUUUAACUGAAUUCAAACCAAUCAAUUCUAGAAUUUUUUUUAAUCGGUUUAGCACAUAGGAAGUUCGUUCGUAACAAAAAUCUGUGGAAGAAUACUAUUUGUUGGAUUGAUUUGAGGAUAUAUGCAACAAGCAAGUACAGUAUGUAAACAUUGAAUAAACAAACAAUAAAUAAAGUAGAACAAAAAGUCCUGUAAAUAGUACUAAUGUAUGGGAGUAAUAAUUCAAAUCUAGAAAACAAAGUCUAAAACAAAAAAGAGAAAAUCAUAUAGCAAUUAGUGCAGCCCAAACUUACGAUACAAGUAAUCAGUAAACAAAAUGAAAACCCAAGCUCUGAUCAUUUUUUGAUGAUUGGACGUAUUGACGGCAGUUGAAUACCUAUAUCUAUCAUCGCAUUAACCUUAACAAAAAAAUAAACAAAUCAGCCUUCGUUAGUGGAAGGCUUUAUUUGCGAUGAUAUUUUUUAGCAAAAGUUAUCUCAAAGAAUGUAAAAUUUAACACAAGCACACCUAUUCCGGUAAAAUGUCAACAGAAACACACACACACAUACUAACACACAACUCAUCUACUGAACGUUGGAAAGAUUCCUAUCGAUAAAUCUACCGUUCAGAAUCAUAAGGGCCGAACUGCGAAGAUUGAUUUUCUCUUUGAAUUACAACAGUUGAGUGAACUUAUUAGCGAAAAAUGCCAAACCAGCUGAGCUAUUAACAUAAGAGAAAUUUGAUCAAUGAUAGACCGUAAUGAGUCUGAACGCUAGAAAGACAUCCGGAAAAGAGUCGACGAAUCACUUACACAGACACACACAAACAAACACGCAAAGUUCAGACUCUAGCCAGCAAGUUCAAUAUGACAGUUCUUAGCAAACAUAAUUAUAGCAACUAACAAAAACAUGGAUGAAAAUGAGUAAAAGAACAGUUUUACGAUUCCGCCCUUUUUAUAGAAUGAAAAAAAAUACAAACGAUACAAGCUACGGAGAAAGUUGGGAAACAUAAACACUUCUCUACUACCUAGAUCUGCUAACUUGUCCCAUUUCGGAAAGAGAAACUUGAAUAGUAAAAAAACGCAACAUGACUUUUACGGAAAAUGAGAAAAAAAAAUCAAUUGGUCAGAAACGUCAGAAUGUUCGAAACGAAGCAACCUAAUGGAAAAAAAUACGGAAAAUAAUUAGUGACAAUCGCUUCCCAGAUUUUCUGUUCAAUGUCAAUUUUCGAUUUAUUUGCAUUCCUAUCGCAUAACUGCAUUAUUCUAUACAAAGGAAUAUACAACAGGUAAAAGCAAAAAAAAACAUUAAACAAACGUCCAAACAACUAAAUAAUGGUAAACAUAAACAACACUUUUACCGCAGUUCUCCGCAAUCAAUCGUAGCAACCCACGCCCAAAAUCACACACUCACACUCACAAUAUUUCUUUUAUCGUUUCCGCUCUUACUCAUUCUUCGUUCAUACGAUUUAUGUUCACGCGUCAUUUCUAUAAAGUAAAAUAGACAUCCCCACAGCAUAACAAGUAAAAAAGUAAACAAAACCUCUAACACACGAAUUACUUUAGUAGGGUGUAGUUCGAAACCAUUCGAUAAGCUCUUUUUAUCUUCUCAGACUUGUUUCCUCUAUUUCAUAUCCAAGACAUGAAAGCAAAGGGAAUGUUAAGUAGCAACUUACACUCUCUUGAAAAAUGGUACGACUAACGUAAAUAGCGAUAAACCCCUCGUAAGGAAUAACGCAAAUCACAAGACGGAAACGUUCGGAAAAGAAUGAACAGCAAAUAUUUAAACCUAACACUAGACUUACAAAAAAAAUGAAACAAAACUAUUACAAACACUAACCAAAAU